GACAAAACUCGCAAACGUCAGGAGUUGCCCGGGCAACGCGUCUCAGUACAGUCAGCGCAGCUAUCAGGACACCGGGAUAAGCUGCGGGCAGGGUGCUGCCAGCCUGUACAUACAAGUGUCAGCCCUUGCUGUCACAUUCAAAAACUAACUCCGACUCCUCGCUCUGUACUAUAGUACCACACAAAGACCAGCCUACAACACUAGAGCGGACUGAUACGCCAAAAUACUGCGUGCACGCCGGGUAAUGUAGUCCUGGGACACGGAGUCACCGCACGGCCCGGGCGCGGGGAGACUACAAUUCCCAGAGUGCACCGCGGCGGAACGAUGCCGCGCAUGCUCCGUGUGGUGUGUGGGAGUCCUGCUGCUGCCAGUGCAACUACUGCUGCUCCAUACACUACUGCUGAGCAGGAGGAGCUGGCUGGGCUGCUGCGGGUACCACAAGUGCUGAGGGUACAAUGGGCUGCCAGGAAGUGCAUGCAGUGACGCUGCUGGCCUUCGUGUGUGGUACAGCCUGCAUUGCCGGCCUCUUCACCGCCACCUUGCUGCCUCAGUGGAGGCAGAUGAAGCUGUUCACCUAUAACCGGAAUGAGAAGAACCUGACCGUCAGCAUCGGGCUGUGGGUGAAGUGCACGCGGCAAGAGUGGUCCAGGGAGUGUUUGAUGUACGACACCGAUUGGUACGCCAGUGUCGAUCAGCUGGACAUCCGCGUUCUACAAUUCGCACUUCCAUUCAGCAUUCUGACCGCUGGCUCCGCACUUAUACUGUGCCUGACCGGAAUAUGUAACACCACCUUCAGCUCCAACGUGCCCAACCUAAAAUUUACUGAGUGUCUCAUCAACAGCGCUGGUUGCCACCUAGUGGCGGGCUUGCUGUACAUCCUAGCCGGUAUAAUUAGCAUUACUCCCUCCAUUUGGACCAUAUUUUAUAACAACGUUUUGAACAGGAUGUACGGGCCGUAUUUCACCUACGACAUUGCCGUGUUUGUCGCCAUAGGCAGCUCUGCAGGAUUGUUUUUCACCUCUCUUUUACUGUUUCUGUGGUAUUGUGCCUGCAAGUCUCUACCGUCGCCGUUCUGGCAGCCGGUUUAUUCACAAGUAUCAAGCAUGCACAGCUACAUCCCUCCAUCGUACGCCUCGCAGUCCCGUAUGUCGUCCAUCGAGAUAGACAUCCCUGUGGUUACACACACUACAUAGGCGUGACGCUUCAUUGUUUCAAGCUGUGAACUUUCAUCUCCCCCCCCUAAAUAUCAUUACAUUAGUGAAUUGAUUACGUGGGUUAUUUUCUCAUUUGUGGUUUUCAUUAUUUUUUUUUACAUUUGUUCUAGAUAUCUUUAUAUUGGUGACUUCUUUAUAUUUUGACCGUUCUCUGUUUUAUUUAUUGAUUGCUUUUGGUCAGUUGUGUUGUUUAUUUGAUGUUCGUUUUCAAAUGAACAAUGUUAUGGUGUUUUUCUUACGUUCUGACUUAUCAAUAUGGUUUAGGGCACUACAAUGUCAUAUAGCUGUAGAUAUGCUUUGUAAGAUAGAGGUUUUGCAGCUUCAGGUGAGUGCUACCUUGUACAUGUCCUCUUGCAACUUUUAAUGAGAUGUUGCGUUUCAUUCUAACUUCCCUCUGUGCUUUUCAGCAGUGUAUUUUUGAUUGUGAGUUUAGUAUUUUGAUGCUCCUGGAUACAACUGCUCUGCCCAGCUCUCUGCAUUGAAUGCGGUCGACACAAAAAUGGUCAACACAAGUUUUGGGGCCAAAUCUUGUAUAUAGGUUGAGUAUCCCUUAUCCAAAAUCCCACAUUUAUAUCACUUCGCUUGCCAUGCUUCGGGUUACUAUUCCCAAUAGAUGUCGACAUGAACAAAAAAACAAACAAAUGUUGGGAAAACACUUUAAAAACCCCAAAACCGUGUCGACCUUUAGCACUGUCGACCUUUCAUUUGCUCCGCUGUUCAUCUACAUAGCUAAAAAUGAAUGAAGGCAGCUAGUAGGAAAAUGUAAUGUGAUUAGUAAAAGUCGCAGGACGGCACGUGCAAGCCUGUCAGCGCCUCCGAUAGUGGAAGGCUUCUUUGAAACUACAAUCUUUGUCUAUACAAGGUAAUGUGAAUUUUUGAUCUAUAUGUGUAAUAGAAACCUAUUUUAUAUUGUGUUAAUUCCAAAGCUAAGCAAUGUCUGUAGGUACUUUAGAUCUAUCAUAUUAUCACAUAUUAAGCCAUGAAGAAAGCAACGCAAAAUUACCCCAACAGUGGUCCAUAUACACCCAUCCUAAUCCCAUGCAAUGCUAAUAUCAGGUUAUAUGGACCAAGCAGGUGCCUAAACAAAGACUGAAUGCUUUUGUCAUUAUUCACAUCUAAAUAUGGCUGCUGGAUGGCAAAUGAUCCCUCAGAGUUAGAGGAUUGCGGUUGGUCCGCAGGGUGGCACAUGGGGCCUAAUUCAAGGUUAAUUGCAAAAUAAAAUUUUCCCCUAAUGGGCAAAACCAUGUGCACUGCAGGUGUCACAGAUAUAACAUGUGCAGAGAGAGUUAGAUUUGGGUGGGUUAUAUUGUUUCUGUGCAGAGUAAAUACUGGCUGCUUUAUUUUUACACUGCAAUUAAGAUUUCUUUUUGAACACACCCCACCCAAAUCUAACUCUCUCUGCACAUGUUAUAUCUGCCCAGAACCCCCCCCCCCCCCCCCCCUUCAGUGCACAUGGUUUUGCCCAUUAGGGGUAAAUGUUAAUUAGCAACCAACCUUGAAGUAGGCCCAUAGUCUCCUGUUAUGUGUUUGGUUGUACAGGUUGAGUAUCCCUUAUCCAAAAUGCUUGGGACCUGAAGUAUAUUGGAUAUCGGAUUUUUCCGUAUUUUGGAAUAAUUGCAUACCAUAAUGAGAUAUCAUGGCGAUGGGACCUAAAUCUAAGCACAGAAUGCAUUUAUGUUUCAUAUACACCUUAUACACACAGCCUGAUGGUACUUGUAGCCAAUAUUUUUUAUAACUUUGUGCAUUAAAGUAAGUGUGUGUACAUACACACAAUUUAUUUAUGUUUCAUAUACACCUUAUACACACAGCCUGAAGGUCAUUUUAUACAAUAUUUUUAAUAACUUUUUGUAUUAAACAAAGUUUGUGUACAUUAAGUCAUCAGAAAACAAAGGUUUCACUAUCUCACUCUCGCUCAAAAAAUUCCGUAUUUUGGAAUACUCCGUAUUUCAGAAUAUUUGGAUAUGGGAUACUCAACCUGUAUAUGUAAAAUAGACUGUCAGUUUUGCAAAUACAUUCUCCUAUUAAAGAUAAGGGUUGUAUUGAUGGGCAAUACGGCAGAGUUCUGCAGUAUUGAUUAUACAGCCACUAAAUACACAAAGCCAUAAGAGAGGUAAGGAGUACAUACACACUGACAGACUGUAUCUAGCAAACAAAGGUAGGUUAUGACAUGUUUUAGAAAGAAUAAUCUUUUUUUCACAUACUGUACAGCUUCUAUAAAAAAAAAAGUCCUUAUCAGAAGAAUGUGAAUAAAGAAUGUCUGCUACUUCAUAUUCCUAUGCCUAAGAAUGAGCUCCGUUGGAUAUUCAGAAAUGGAAUUAUGCAGGGAAAUCAACACAGAUUUGUCUAUAUUUUUCCAAAUUUUUUUUGCCAUGAUAAAAAUGAAUUAACUAUAAAAUCUUAUUUUGCCUUAUCGAAGUGAUCAGUGCACAAGAAUUUAGAACUUUACUUUUUCUCCAGAUGAAAAUAACCAUACAUUGCAAAUUAUCCUAUCAGCGCCGGAGGCGGGCUCACUGUCGCCCUGUGCCAGCCCUACCCCUGAAUGUGACAUCACAUAAGCGGGUGGGGCUGCCGGCAGGAGAAAGUAAGCGGUCUGUAUGCUAAGGUGGCUCUUCAUACAGCAUGUGCGUUCCCCCGGCACAGCACUACUGCAGGAUGCCAUGCCAGGGGCAGGGAGAUAGUGACGGUACUGCCCCCAGGACUCUGUGCCCCAGGUGAUGGUACCGCUCGCACGCCCCCUCCCUAUGGCCCUGCCUCUUAACAACUGGGGAGUAUGGCUGAAAAAAAAACUUCCCUUUAAAUUUUAUAUAGCAUUUCCACACGAUUACCAGGCAAAUUAUAUUAUUACUGUAUUUUUUUAUACUUGUAUUUCUGCUUAGGUAUUUUUACUGCUGGUGUUAAGUGCUUGAAUUUGCUAUAUUUUGAUGACGUUUACAUGCCGGUCAUGUUGAGUAACAAUGUAUUUUUAUGAAUAGGUGAACUUUCUGCAAAAUAAAGGAAUUCUAGCACCAUCCA